AGCAGACAGGUCCUUGUAAAACAGAGUCGCGGGAUACUUUGGAAAGAUAGGAGUGAACUAUUUAGACAGUAUUAUUAGCUGUGUAGGAGGAAAACCGAGGGUAGAGAAAAAAUAAGGUGUUUUUGCCUCCAAUAAAUAUUUUUUAUCAUCUGGGAAACAAAUAACAAAAAAAUAAAAAAAUAAAACAUUGUUUAACGCUAUAUAUUGAGAACGUGCUCUUUUGAAUAACCAUGAAGCAGAAUUUCAGUGUACCCGGAUUUCUGAGCAAACUGUGGGCUUUGGUGGAGGAUCAUUCAACAAAUGAUCUCAUUUGCUGGAGUCGAUGUUGAACAAGGCUUUCCUGUGAGAGCUGGCAGUGCAGUGGGCUAAUCCCCUGCCUUCUCUCUCUGAAGAUGGCAUUUCCAAUCCAGCUCCUGGAGGUGAGUUCCUGAGGUAAGCAGUGGUGUUGGUUGUAACUGAUAAUGUUGGUUGUGUUUCCACAGAUGGAGGGGAGGAUAAAGAUCUGACCCCCCCUGCCAGGGAGGAGAGUACAAUAACAUUAUUGAAUGCACACAAUAAGAAUCAUUUUUAAAGACUUGAAGUACUGCCUUCCUCUUUGGUCAGGUAGCAACACCCUCACCUUCCACUCUCUUCCCUGGCAGGGGGCCAGGCCCCCCAUUCAUCUUUGUCCUCCUCCCUCCCUAGGACAGGUCCUCUCCUCCUCCAUCUGUGGAAACACAACCAACAUCAUUGCUUCUCAGGAACUCCAGGAGCUGGAUUUGAACAGGCAUUUUCAGGGAGGAUAAGCCAUGGGAUUAGCCCACUGCGGCAGCAGCUCCCACUGGAAAACCUUGUUCCACACUGAUUAUAAGAACGGCUCCUGUUUCCUGGUGUCGAACGAGCUGCGUUUCUCCAAAGAGGUCCUCCCGCUGUACUUCAAACACAACAACAUGGCCAGCUUCGUCCGGCAGCUCAACAUGUACGGGUUCCACAAAGUGGUUCAUGUUGACAUGGGGCUGCCCCGGGAGCAGGAGGAGGUCAUCGAGUUCCAGCACCCCCACUUCCGCUGCGGAGAGACCCAGCUGCUGGGGAACAUCAGGAGGAAGGUAUCCAUCAGCAGGGGGGAGGAGGUCAAACUGAAGCAGCAGGAGAUGUCCAAAAUCCUGCUGGAAGUCAUGCAGGUCAAAGGUCGACAGCAAGUGGCUGAUUCCAAGCUUCUGGCCAUCAAACAAGAGAAUGAAACCCUGUGGAAUGAAGUUUCCUCUCUGAGACAGAAGCACCACCAGCAACACAAAAUCACUCGCAAGAUCAUUCACUUCAUCGCCAGCAUGGUGCAGUCCAAGAGCGUGUCAGGAAUCAAAAGGAAGCUGCCCUUAAUGCACAAUAGUUCCGGAAUUUACCACUCCAGCCCCAAAUACAGCCGUCCAAUCAGAAUUGAGUCGGAUCAGGAGCCCUCGGCUAUCCAGGGGAACCUGCAGAACAGCAGCGUGUACCCGGGGGGCGUGAUCAUCUCUGACAUCACACACGUGCUGGAGCGACGGGCAGUGGGGCCCUGGCAGGGAGAUCCCGGGCGCAGCGGAGCGUUCGAUGUUAACUGGAGACCCUCUGAGCCGGAGACCCUAUUGAAGCAGGAGAUUGACCACCUGGUGCCCAGUGCUGCCCCCUGUGCCCUCGCCCCCAGUGACCUCUACCACUCCCUGCUGGAGGAGAGCAGCACUGCAGGGCCCGAGGAGGCCUCUACAGAAUGGGGGGAGAUUGUGGACCACCUAGCCCAGAAGCACUGCUCUCUGUCCAGCUCGCCGCACGUCAACAUGGAGCUGCUGCAGGAUCUCUUAGCACCCUGCCCGGGACCCUCCUGUCUGGAAACGGCAAGGCCCUGGGACAUGAAACGACACAAGACGGCGCGGAAGGAGCCCGGCUGCUCACAGACACCGGAGGUCAAUGCAGAGAUGGUGCAGUACGAGGAGGACAUCCUGCCCUCGCUGCUGGAGCUGGCAGAGGAGGCCUUGGGCGCAGGGUGCUACCUCGGGGAGCUGCCCCAGGACCCCUUGAGCCACAGGCACCGCCUCUCCUGCAGCUAAACACCUAGCCAGGAGAGCGUGGGGAGACCCGGGGCUGAGCCCUCUGCACCCUGAGAGCACUGCUAGAGGACUUGCUUCUGCUCCGUGGAAGGGGAGAAGCAGAACUGUUCUAUUGUGGAGACCUCGAUUCACAUCUUGUGAGCAGGGCUGGGCUCAAUUCAGCCUUUUAUUCACUUCCAGUUCCUUUUGAAAAUACAUUCCCAAUUCCUUUGUAUCAAUUCCAAUUCCAAGUAAGGACCGGGAAUGGGAAUUGGAGAAUUAAUUUUAAAUGGAAUUGGAAUUUUUAUUAUUAUUUCUUCAUUGUUUUGUUAUUAAUCAGUUUUAUCAGGAUAUUGUUGACUGAGAAUAGACCCUGUAAUUAACAAUGUGUGCAGUUCGGGGUUAGGGCUUUGUGUUUUUACUGGGUAUGAGUGCACAUUAGCUCCAUCUUGUGGACAGUCGUUAUAAUGCAGUCUCACUGCAGCAGUGCAAAGAGCUUCAUGUGGUAAUACAGCCUGAAGAACAGUAACCGCACACAUCAAACUGGUUAUCCUGGGAUACUCUUAAACAAUGUGCUUGAUAAAUAAAGACUCAAAUAACCUCUUCUGGUCUUCACAGUUUGACCUCUGAAACACAAUUCAGACAGAAAAAAUAAACAUUAAAUGGGACAGAAAACUACGAGUCAGAAUAUUGUAGGUUGUGAACAGCUUCGUUUCACACAUCGCUGAGCUGCAUUGUGUUAGGAAUGUAUGGGCCUGCGGUUCUGAAGCACAAGAAGAAGUGACAGGCAGCAAGAUUAAAAAAAAAAAAUAAAAAAAAAGAAUUCUUGAGAUAAUUAACAAAGACUAAUUUUUAUAAAGGUAUAUACAUAUAAAUAUAAACACAUUUUUUUUUUUCUCAGUAUGGUCUGAGGGUUACUUAUAUUACAUGUUUCUUGCAGUAAAGAAUGAUUCUGUUUUUUAUAAGUGUGUUUAUGGGGAAGUGAAUAGUUAAGGUAAUUUCAGCGCGGUCUCUCUCUCACCUGACAGGUGUGCGGAGAGACACCUAGGGGCAAUGCGGGGAGUUUUUGGUUCACCUGGUGACCUACAUUUUAACCAAUAUGGGUGUCAUCAGAGAACGUGAAAGUUCAAAUGAUUACCGUCGAUUUGCUAACUAAUCUAGUUUUCUUAUUGUAUGACUUGAGUGCUCUUAUAAACAACAAAUGUGAAACUGCCCCGCCUGAUGAGCAGACAAGGGAAUGGUGUCAGAGAAACUCUGCAUUCAGCAUGUAGGCGCUCUGUAAAGAGACACAGCGGACUGUGGUACUCGCUGUCAGUGCUUUUCUGAUUCAUGUCCUCGCUGUCCCCUCAAGCGACUGCGAACCACAAAGAGCACUUCAAUUCAGUUUGUCAAUCAAAAAAAAAAAAAAGUUUGAAUUCUGAAGGCUGUGAUGUAAUGUUGAAAGUGUUCACGUUUUGGCUAUGUUUCAUACUGUGUAAAUGCAUUUUUAUGAUAUAAAAUAUAUAUAUGUAAGUGG